UGGGGCCGCAGACCAGAAUGUAGGAUCCCAGCGUCUGAGACCAACCUAGCAGUGGCAGUUUGACCAAGAGGAAGCCUGCCUCGUCCUGAGCUGGCCUCAUCAACAUAGGAAUCAAGAAGAGGACUGACUGGUCACUUUUAGGAGUUUCAAAUCAUGGCUCAUGUAAUGACGUUCAGAGAUGUGGCCGUAGACUUCUCUCCCGAGGAGUGGGCGUGUCUGAGCCUGGAACAGAGGAGUCUAUACAGAGACGUGAUGCUGGAGAACUACAGCCACCUCGUCUCCGUGGGACUUUGCAUUUAUCAACCGCAUGUGUUCCCUGUGUUGGAAAAAGAACAAGAUGCCUGCGUGGAUUUGAGCAAUGAGACCAGCAGAUUUCUCCCGGAUACAGAUUCCGGGUGGCAGAUGAAGAAAGUCCUACCAAAAAACAGCAUUUGCGGAAGUCGGUUGUCACACUGGGAGGUAAUGAGAAUGGAGAGAAACCGAGGGCUUGAAGGCUCGUGUCCUGGAGCGGAUUGGGAAGAUAAAGGUCAGGACCAAUCACAAAAUGAGAAUCAAGAGGAACGCCUCAAGCAAACGGCACUCACCUGUGACAAAUUGCCCCUUUUGAAUCUGCUCACAGCUUUUAAUCAGUGUCCAAGACUGAAUACAGCAGAGAAAGCGAAGGAAUUUAAAUCUGAAAAAUCCUUUAGUUUUGCACCCGAGCCCUCUCAGUUUCAGUUAAUCCACACAGACGCGAAAUUCGGGGAAGAUAAAAGCUGCGGAAAGACCUUUCCUCCUGGCCCUAAACUUCCUCGCUACCGUGCAGUUCCCGCCAGCAAGAAGGCUUUUCAGUGUGACGAAUGCGGCAAGGCGUUUAGCUUCCGCUCUAGCCUCACGGGUCACAAGAGAAUUCACACCGGGGAAAAGCCUUUCAAAUGUAAGGAGUGCGGGAAAGCCUUCAGAUUCCAUUCACUGCUCAGCGUCCACGUUCGGACUCACACGGGCGAGAAGUCAUACGAAUGCAAGGAAUGCGGAAAGUACUUCAACUACAGCUCAGACCUGACCCGACACCACCGGAUUCACACUGGAGAGAAGCCCUAUCAGUGCAGGGAGUGUGGGAAAGCCUUCAGCUGCGGCUCAGACCUUACUCGCCACCAGAGGAUCCACACGGGCGAGAAGCCCUACGAGUGUCACGAAUGCGGAAAGGCCUUUAUCCAGCAGUCGCACCUCAUUAAACACCAGAGAAUCCACACGGGCGAAAAACCUUAUGUGUGCAAGGAGUGUGGGAAAGCCUUCACGUGCGGGUCCCAGUUAAGUCAGCAUAGGAAGAUUCAUACUGGCGAUAAGUUCCAUAAAUGCAAAGAAUGUAAAAACUCCUUUAGUUUCGCCCUAGACCAUACCCAGAGGCAGCUAAUUUACAUCGGGGAGAAGUUCUUUGAAGACAAGGAAAACGGGAAGGCGUUCUUUCCGGACGCCGAGUUCCCUCAGUACGACCCAGAUCCCAGCGGUAAGAAACUGUACGAGUGUAAAGAGUGCGGCAAGGCUUUCAGUCUGCGCGCCAUCGUCAGCAGCCUCAAGAAAAUUCACAACCGGGAGAAACUCUUUAAAUGUAAGGACUGCGAGAAGGCCUUCCGGUGCCCCUCAGACCUCUCUCGGCAUCAGAAGAUUCACACCGGCGAAAAGCCCUACAAGUGUAAGGAAUGCGGGAAGGGCUUUAUUUGCAGAUCCGACCUGGGCCGGCACCAGAGAGUUCACACCGGGGUGAAGCCUUACGUGUGUAAGGAGUGUGGGAAAGCUUUCACUCGCGGAGCCCACCUGACCCAGCAUCAGAAGACUCACAGUAAGAAGUCAGACGACUUCAGUGAAGCAGAGAAGGCCUUCGGUUCUGGUUCAGACCACACUCCAGAAUCCUUGAUUGAUACGGGCGAGAAAAGCUGGGAAGGUAAGGAAUUCCGAGAAACCGCCCUUCAUGACCCAGAGCGUACUCAACCUCAGACUGCUAAGACAGCAUUUGACUGUAAGGAGAAGGGCAAGGACUUUAGUUGGCGUUCGCGUGAUACGGAUCUCAAGACAGUUCAUAUUCAGGAGAAACGUUUUCAAUGCAAGGAAUGCCCAAAGGCCUUCAGGUACAGCUCGGAACUGACCCGACACCAGAGACUGCAUACUGGAGAAAAGCCGUAUAAAUGUCAGGAGUGCUGGAAGGCAUUUGCUUCUGCCUCAGACCUCGCCCGGCACCAGAGGAUUCACACCGGUGAGCGGCCCUACGAGUGUAAUGAGUGCGGCAAAGCCUUCAUUCAGCAGUCCCAUCUCAUUAAACAUCAGAGAGUUCACAAUGUCGAGCAGCCCAAGGACGUGAUGAGUGCGGAAAAAUCAUCGCCUGGCAGUCAGAUGCUGUUAAACAUGAGAGAGUUUACACUGGUCAACAAUCUUAUAAAUUUACGGAGCGUUGGGAAGAUUCUGCUCAUGGCCCAGCUCAGUCAGUGUCCGAAGAUUUAUACGGAUGAGAAACUAAGUUAAGGUGGGGAACUGGGAAAAGCCUAUUUCUGAGUCUCAAAUCCUACCCAGCACUAGAAUGUCCACAUGGGUGGGAAGUCUGGGGAAACCUUCAGCUGUAACUCCAGUGUGUCCAUGUCGGUCAGUGGCGGUAGAGAGUCCCACAGUGUAAGCAAUGUGGAGGCGUUUGUGGGUUCAGUGUCUUGAUCAAAGGGAGAAAGAAGAUUCAUGAGAGGAGACUGGAUAUAAGGAAUAUGGAAAGACCUUUCUUCAUGGUCUUCAAUAGACAUCUAUAAAAUCAUGCUGACUAAGAGAACUGAAUUCAAGGGAUUUGGAAACAUUCGUUCAUGAUUCUGAACUUAGCUGGUAGUAAAUACUCAAGAGGCGUAGGAAAGUGUGGAAAUGCCUUUGAGAGUCACAGCGUUAGAGAGCGCAGACUGGCGAGCAACCCUGGCUGUCCGAGAAAGGUGGAAAACCUUUGAUCUUGGACUUGCCUCUCAUGUGACAGCCCCAUAAAGGUAUGAAAAGUGACUUUAGUUAGUCAACACCGGGACAUUUAUACUUCCUCCUGUGGAUCGAAGCCCAAACCCUGUGCGUGCUGAACACAAAUUCCUGUUUCUUAGCCGCAUCUCCGACCCUCAUGUUUGAGGAAGCCCAUGAAGAUAAAUAAAUAUAUGGAGAUGUUUUACACAAAAACAAGAAAAGCUAAUUUAUUUCUAACUCACUGAGUUAAGUUUGUUUUUUAAUAAAAAAAGAACUUUUGGUAAAAUAACAUGUCUGUCAUCCAACGUCAUGAUGUGAUGGCUGUUAAUUUAGGAAAAACUUUACUGGUGGGUUAUUUAUGUAUGGCGAGGAUGUCUUAUAAGAGAAGUGGUAUAUAGCUCUAUUGCAGAAUAUUUGUAGUGACAUGUAAAUGUGUAACAUAUGUGAGACGUGAUUUUUAUAUGUGUCCUAGGGAAACUUUGAAGUGCUUGUGUUUUAAUACAACAUAGAAAGUCCAAAAGAAUUUUUAAAAAAAAAAAUUCAGAAUUGCAUUUUAAAAGUUCUGUGAGGGCUGGAGAUGUGGUUCAGUUGGUAGAGUGUUUGCCUGGCCUGCACGAAGCCUUAGGUCUGUUCUCCAGCUGUAUAAGCAGGCAGUGUGGCAUCUGCCUGCCUGAGAUUCUAGAUCUCGGAAGUUCAAGGUCAACCAGGAGUUCAU